ACCAAGAACUAGGUAGGUAGUGUGAAUUUUUUGCAGUUGGUUGACGGACGACGAAACAUCAUGGCGUUAAUGGAUACAGAACCGAUGUCACGUUUAUUGAAAUUGGCGAAGAAAUUCAACUGCUUCUACCUGUCAGGGCUUCAUGCAAGCGAUUGCAGGGCAUUUGUUGUCGAUGGCCAACAAGUUGGUCUUGUUCGGCCCAACGUGAUGAAAGAACUACUCAGUUUCCCACAGGUAUUUCAAGUACAGCCAGAAUAUGUGCAACUGAAUCCAGCAUUCAGGGAUUAUGCCGAAAGAAGUGCAAAAAUGGAGGAAGUUCUCAAAGAAUGGCGUGACGGUGGUAAAUUCGUCACGCUCAGAGGUUGGCGCGAAGAAUGCUAUGAAGUACGCGCCCACUUUAACACCCAGCCACUACUCAAGAUGGAUCGUUCAGCCACCUGCUUAUUUGGAAUUCGGAAUUAUGGUGUGGAUAUAACUGGAUAUGUUAUGGACCGUGAAAAAGGACUAUCGAUCUGGCUACAAAAGCGGAGCCCGACAAAACAGACGUGGCCAGGUUACUGGGACAACAUGGUGGGUGGUGGAUUAAGCGUUGGUUAUGGUAUUCAUGAAACUGGAAUCAAAGAAGCUGGAGAGGAAGCCAGUAUUCCUACCAAGCAUCUUGGAAAAUUGAAGAGUGCGGGAUGCGUAUCAUUCUUCUUCGAAAGCGAGAGAGGUCUCUUCCCUAACACUGAAUUUGUUUACGACCUUGAAUUGCCACCAGAUUUUGUACCAUGUAAUGGCGAUGGAGAAGUAGAGACCUUUGAACUUCUGCCCGUCAAGGAAUGCUUGGAGAGAGUACUUUCACCAGAAUUUAAAACAACGUCUGUACCAGUCGUGCUAGAUUUCUUGAUCAGACAUGGUUACAUCACUGCAGAAAAUGAGCCUAACUUCAUCAAAAUUGUGGAGCUCCUGCAUGUACCACUGCAGACUAUAUACAGUCAACCUCAAAGAAAGUAUAAGAUAGAAGCCAAUGGUGAAGCGAAUAAUUCUCUAUAAAGGCCUUAGGCUACGAAUAGAUACUAAUUUCAAUUGAACCAAGGCUGAAAAUUCAGAAAGUUGAAUGAAAUUAUUUUCAAUCAUGCUUUACACCUGUUUCAAGGUCUAGAGUACGGCAGCUUCUCGCGCAAAUUCUCACGUAACCAGCAAUAGAGUACCAUUUUCGAAUGCGUUCACAUAUUUCUUCCAAAUUAUGUAACACUGAUGAUGAUUGGUCUAUGAUAUGAAAAAAUGCAAAACCGACGGGUAAUUUGUUCAAUUCGUUGUUAUCAUCUACCCAAAUGAAUCUGACGGGAAAAAAGUGCUCAAGAGAUGCAAGAAAAUAUCCAAAAAAAAAACUUUAUCCUGCAAUUGCAGGGACCUCGCUGAAUAAAUCAAUUUUGUGGUUUGGAAGAAAAUUUGUAAUAGUUAAAUAGUGUCACGAAACAAGAAAUGAUUGGAAUUUGAAAAAAGUUAAUAUCGUUGAUUAAUUACACCAUGUCCAUACAAUUUGCUUUGAUCUCUUGUUUUUUUUUUUUUGCUACAAUUGAGUAUGUGAAUUGAUUUCUUAACAUGAAUAAUGCAUGACCAAAGUAAGCUCUAUUUACAAUCAUUUGCCCCUGAGUUUUCUCCUUAGCAUUUUCAUCCACUUAAACUGCUGAUUAUUCGACUUUGGAUCGAUCUUUGAAUGAUAUUAUAUUAGCAAUGUGGUUAAAAACUACUUGAAACUCGUCGAAAGAAUUUUACUACAGCAAAAUUUUUACUAUAAAUUGGCUGACACAAAUAUUUUUUCGCACUAUGUAUCCUCUCAACAAAAAUAUUAACAAAAUUAGCAACUGAACACCAAAUCUUCAAAUAUUUCUGCUGUAAAUUUUGUUACGAUUCAAAGUAAAAAUCGAUUUUAUAUUAAAUUUUCGUCAAUCUUGAAUUGCAAGAAUAAUAUCGAUCCUGCGUCUAUCUUUAGCAACGCAACAUAUAUUUCAUAUUGAAAAAUUGACAAGUUUAUAAGUAUAAGAUGUAAUGGAGUAGGCAGUUGAGUUAUAUCUAAACGUUUAAUUCACAUAAUAACUUAUUAUGCUUCAUAGAAAGUGUUUACAUUAUUUAUUGGUACAAGAGAAAAACAAAAAUAUCAUAGAACAAAAUUUCUCCCAGAUUAAUUACAUGAAGUGACUAUGAGGUAUUGGGUCUAAUUAAUGUGAAUUAUUCAUACACAUACACAUAUACAUUAUUUUAAGAAUCAAAGUAUUAACAUUGCAUUCCGAAUUUUUUGUUCAGUAGCAAAAGUUGAUUGGUUCCAAAACUAAAACGUAUUUAAUAGAAAAUGUUUCUCUUGUUUGGAAACAAGUAUUUUGUUGGUGAAAGUUUUUUUUGUCAUACCUUGACAUUUUUAGAUGUGUAUGAAUAGAUACCGAGGGAGAUGAAAGUUUUUUAAAUGGAAAUUAUAAAAACAAAUAACAUGGGUUCUCAUUUGGAUCGAAUAUUCCAACAAGUUUUACUUAAUUUCUGUUUGAAAUUGUUUCUAUUUUUCUCACGUUAGUAAUUGACAGGAUCUUAAUUGUGUCUUUAUCGAAUGAAAAUGUUUUUGGGAAAGGGAACAAAAAAUUUUAUGUUACUUAUCAUAGAUAGGAUAUCAAAUAAGUUUGUUGUUUUGAAUUUUGAAUUAAUAAUUACUGAUUUGGCAUAUGCAAAGAAAACUUUAUAACAUGGAAAUCAUUGAAUAAUCUAGUUACUUGCUGUACAAUAUUUCUGAAACUAUAUCAACUGAUCAAUACUGAACCAUGCAACACUUACUACAGCAUAAAAUAAUGAGAGAAACAUGUGAUAUAAUAUGGGUAAUAAUCUUGCUUUUUGACCAGUAAUAACGAAAUAGCAUAAUAUUGAUAUUGUCUUGAAACGUCGAUGCUACAAGUUGUAACAUUCGUUCAGCACCUACCUAGCCGGGCCCUAAAAUCAGAUGACUAUUACAAUGGAAUGAAAAUGAUUUAAACUGCUAGUCAGAAAUCAAUUUUUCGGAAAAAAUCAAUCUUGCUUUGAAUGAAUUUUUUUAUGGUACAAAUAUGAAUACGAUAAUUUAUGUUACAACGCAUUUUGCACAUCUGAAAAUCUGAAUUUAUUUUAAAAUGUAACAUAGAUAAUGUUCAUCUGACAAUUUAUUUUUAAAUUGUUACAGGUGUCUAGUGGUACUGAAUAUUUUAAUGUCAUCUGUAUAAAACCAUGAGUUUUUCUCAAUCUGUGAUAUAGUCUUGUAGGCUCUGAACGAACUUCAAAUAGCCAUUUAAGUGUGACACCUUACCUAAACAUAGCUCAGAAUAGAUUGCGUAAAUUUAGUACUUUUUUAACGAAACUAAAUACUUGAUGUGCGUGCUAGUCACCCAUAGUAAUGAUUCGCUUACCCCGAUAUAUUUAAAAUUUAUUUCUGGAACACAAUUUUAUUAAAUCAUUUCGAACGUCAAAGAAUCUUUCGAUUCGUAGCAUUGAGGAUUCUGAUAAUCAUAUAAAAAAUUAUAAACGAUACAUCAAAGUUAUGAAACUGUAUUAAACGUGAUUUUAGAAUAACACAAGUCACAUUCUAAUCAUCAGUUGUAAUGAAAUCAUAAAUAAAUUUUUUCAGCAUUGAAAACGUUAAACUAAAAGUCAUCUAUAUAAAAUGCACAAGAAUAUCUUAUUAUUUUGGUUUCUGUACACGGUGUGUGACACGUAUAAGAGCAAUGAAUGAUUAUGCUCUUUAUUAUCGUUUAACAAAAACUUCAAAUGAUUCUAGAAUAUCUAGUGGUAUCAUACAUUCAAUAGUGUCAUUCAAAGAAGAGUGCUGGUUAUUAAUAAUAGAACGUUUAAAUGUAGCAUGAUAUUACUAGUGGGACUGACUUUGUUAGUGAUUCUAAUCCUGAGCGUAAUAUGACAGAAACAUUUGUUUUUAUCAAUGCCCAGAUUUGCAUACAAAUUUUACAACGAAGUCAAACAGAGUAACGGAAUUAGAAAUGAAUUAUCCUUAAAAAAUCGUCUAUGUGUUCAGUAUUAGCAAAAGAUACUUAAUCUUUUUUUAAGUUAUGUAACGCAGUUUACAUUUUGCAAGAAAAUUCACGCCGACCAAUCAUGUUUAGUGCCGUUUUACUCUUCCUGACUUACGAAUUUUUAAACACUUAGAAUAGUUAUUUAAAAAAAAUGAAAACAUACGACCAUGGAUGCAAAUAAUAAGUGCACAACCUUAAGGCUGAUCAGUGCACAGAGAAUUUAUCUCCUCAAUCAAAUUAGUAUCCAGUGCUUCUUUUUGAAACAUGCUCGAUACUUAGUAUCACUAAUCUUAAAUCACUAUAAUUUUACAUAGUAUUGUUUGAGUUCACACCUGUUGAUAGCAUAAUGAAUUGUAGCAGCACAUUACAAGCAGUAUUAGUGUUGAUGUGAGUGUGAAUUUUAACAAAACUGAGCACAAUAGUUUUACUUUAUAGUUAAUUAUUACUUUAUAAGUUAUUACAUCGUUGCAUUGGAAACAGGGGGGGGGGGGAUUGCACUUACCUGC